AUGCUUGAUUCCGCCCCUUUUUCCUCCACGGCCGAGCACCGUCAGGAACCGACCCCGUUUGAUCCUGCCGUUGAUGCUCAGGGGUCUGAGCCGAUCAUCCAAACGCUCACAACCCUAGACAGCGCUCUAAAGCUGUAUACUCGCUCGUCCCCUCACUACGAGUCUCUCCGUGGAUGUUUCAACAAACUCAUCACCGCUAGGCCACUGGUCAUCUGCAGGCCAGUCACCAUCGAACAGGUACAGCUGAUUGUCCGAGCAGUCAGUGAUUUGCCAGCUGGUAAUGAAUGUCCGCCACUCGCAGUCCGUGGAGGUGGCCAUGACGUCUGGGGCCGUGGAUGUAUUGCUGACAGCGUUACUAUCGACGUCCGAGAGCUGGACCAGGCAAGGCUGGCUGAAGACAAACAGUCCGUGACUGCUGGUGGAGGCAUACUCUCCGGUAACCUGGUCGGCUUCCUCAACAAUCAUGGUCUUUGCACCUCCAACGGGACUGCAGCAGACGUGGGAUGGACUGGAUGGGCCGUCUGGGGUGGAUACGGCCCUUUCAAUGACUAUCUCGGCCUGGGUGUGGACAAUAUCCUUGCAGCCAAAGUGGUGCUGGCAGACGGCAGACUGGUCGAAGCGAAACCUGAAUCUGAGCUUCUCUGGGCCAUCCGCGGAGCUGGAGGGAACUUCGGUGUCAUUGUCGAGGUCACAGUCAAGGUGUACCACAUGCCAACGAUCCUGGGCGGGUUCAUCGUGUACAAGUGGGAGGAGACCGAACAGGCUUUACAUAGAACCCAAGAGUUGCUGGAUAAAGGCGUCCCGGAUGCAUUGGGUAUACAGGUCGGUUUCAACCGCAGCAGAGUCGGGCUCGGUAUGAGCUUGAUCUAUACAUGGGCCGACUCCAACGACCUUGAUGAAGGGAAGAAGUGGUUAGAAACUCUCAAGCAGCUGGCCACCGUCGUUGUAGAUACAACCACAGAGACGACAUUCAAAGAUUUCCAGGCCAUGACUACGAAGCCAUUCAAGGAUCCCAUCGAUGUCUGCACACGUUCGAUAUCAAUUCCUCGAUUCACCCCGGAGACGAUUGCUAUACUGCUCAAGUAUGCAGAGGACAUCCCAAUUGGCGGCCGAUACAAUGUAGUCUCCCACGUCGGCCAUGGAAAAGGAACAAAGCCGAACAACAGCACAUGUUUCGGCACUCGAGAGCCACAUAUCCUGUUCCAUAUCAACGCACCAGUGCCUGACGGAGCCGGAGGUAUGGAACGCGCCCAGGCUUGGGUAGACGGGCUGAUGGCGGAUAUCAAGGGUACCGGGCAAGCUCUGAAACCCGUCUAUGUUAGCUUCAUGGGCAAAGACGAAGAAACGCAAAACAGUUUCGGGCAGAACUGGAAGCGGUUGCAAGAGUUGAAGGGAACAUUGGACAAAAGAGACCUUUUCCGUUUUGCUCAACCAAUGCUGGGGAAGAUGUAG